AUGGGCUACACCCUGAUCUCAGCAACCCCCUCUCCCUACGCGCGCAAAGUCAGGAUACUUCUCGCAGAAAAAGGCGUACCCUUCACCUUACAAACAGAAGUCCCCUGGGAGUCAACCACCGAAACACCCAAAUACAACCCAUUGGAAAAACUCCCCGUCCUCAUCCCUGACGAUGGCAAGCCCGUCUACGAGAGCCACUACAUUCUCGAAUGGAUAGAGGCGAAGCAUCCCGAUCCGCCGAUGCUGCCCAAGGACAUUGAUGAUAGACUAUUCGCGAAGCAAGUCGAAGUCGUUGCAGACGGCAUCUGCGACGCCCUGGUCCUGUGCUUCUUCGAAAAGCAGCGCGGUCCAGGAAAAGAAUCGGAGCCCUGGAAAGCCCGGCAGAUGCGAAAAGUCGAAGGCGGUCUUCAAGCGCUCGCUACCUGGGUUGAUCAGAGCAGCAGUGGGAAGUUCCUCAUCGGCGACUCGUUGACUCUGGCGGAUGUUGCUGCUGGCAGUGUGUUGGGUUAUAUGGCAGUCCGAUGGCCUGAUCACCCCUGGAUGAACAAGCAUCCGCAGCUCAAGAAGUAUUGGGAGGGUCUGGAUGCGAGGGAAUCUUUCGCUUCGACGAGACCGUCGCCGCAGAAUAUCAAAGAUCAGAUUGUUUAG